ACUGUUUCAGUCUGAGUAUUGCAUCGAUAUUUAUCAUUCAUGAACGCCAGAUGUCAGCUGUUAGUUGAUCAACAUUUUGCAGCACUUCAAGUUGCUUUUGUGUGAUUCUCUGUAUAUAUUUUGGUUCAUUAGUAUGACGCGCAAAUGGUCGAACAAGGAGACGCUAUUGUUGCUGCGCCUCUAUCUGAAGUACAAGCGAGACUUCCGCGAACGACACAAAAAACGAACUGAGAUCUGGCAACAUGUUGUGAGAGAAUUUGAGCAGCAUGGCUUUAAGGCCAGCUACAUAAAGCUGGAUCGCAAGUUUCGCAACAUGAGCCGCACCUACUUCAAUAUCAAGCGUCAGAAGAAAGACGGCGAUCCAAACUGGGAAUACUUUAGCGCCAUGGAUGAGAUCUAUGCGGGCACGUUGCCCGAACCAAGUGCCCUAACUGUGAACUUCGAAGCGGCGCCUGAGGAAGAGAGUCAGCAGCAGAUUGAGAUCAAAACAGAGCAGCCCGAUGUCAUCCAGACCGAUGUACUAAUGGACGAGUCUAACUUUGAGGAGUUAGUCUCGAGUCGAAUUAAAGAGGAGCAGCAAGAGAUCGAUAUCGAAAACUCAACAUUAGUGAGGUGUCUCCAGACCGAGCGGGUGGACGAGCUGCGCGCCAUACGAAUAACUUUGGAGGAGGCCAAUGAAAUACAGCGACAACGGAACGCCCUACUGCAAGAGCGAAACGAACUGAUGAGACGCUAUCUUGGCAGUAAUCUCAAAUUCAAUCCGCAUCUAUACAAUUUAGUCAACUAGUCAGCAUUACAGCUUGUUUCUAAGUAUUAAGGAUGGAAUCUCGCCGUUUUGUAUCUGGGUCGAAAGUACAAAGGCCGUUUUAUAUGGUUAAUAUGGGAAUGAUCUGAACUUUGUUUCAAAAUAUAUUCA